GCAGUAUGUAAAACAGUACUUUCUUUGAUUUUCUGGUCAAAAUUCAAGAAGAUGUAUUUUCUUUUGCGAAAUAACUAAUAAGUGAAAAAAUUUAUUGAAAAUGGCUAGGAGCAGAAUUAAUGGACGGAAAAUCCAGGCUAGGGAGCACUGUCUUGGUGCCUUCUGUGAAGGAAAUAGCGAAGGACCAGUUGAUUUCAAUCCCACCAAGAUAUGUUCGCCUUGAUCAUCAGCCUCCCUCUACUGUCACCAACAGCACUUCUUUACCCCAAAUUCCUGUCAUUGACAUGGCUAAGUUAUUUCCUCAGCAAUUUCUGGAUUCUGAGCUCCAAAAGUUCCACCUUGCUUGUAAAGAUUGGGGCUUCUUCCAGUUAGUGAAUCAUGGGGUGACCACAGAGCUAUUGGAGAAAAUGAAGAUAGAGACUGCAGCAUUCUUCAAUCUUCCAAUCGAAAAGAAGAAGAAAUUUUGGCAAAAAGCAGGAGAAGCAGAAGGAUUUGGACAGCAUUUUGUUCAUUCUGAGGAGCAGAAGCUUGAAUGGGGUGACCUCUUUUACAUUGUUACUCUUCCAACCCAUUCCAGAAAACCUCACUUAUUCGACAAUUUCCCUCCCUCAUUCAGGGAUGCCAUUGAAGCCUACUCAGAAGAACUGCAAGGCCUUGCCAAUAAAAUAUUUAACUUGGUAAUAAAAGCUCUUGGAAUAUUGGAAGUUGAUUACAUAACAGAGUCAUUUGAAAAAGGAUGGCAAGCAAUGCGAAUGAAUUACUAUCCUCCAUGUCCACAACCAGAACUUGUGAUGGGCGUCAAUCCACAUUCUGAUGCAUCUGGCCUCACCAUCCUGUUCCAGCUAAACGACGUCGUGGGGCUUCAGAUAAAGAAAGACGGGGUAUGGAUUCCUGUUAAACCCAUUCCAAAUGCUUUUAUCAUCAACAUUGGAGACAUGUUGGAGAUUCUGACGAAUGGAAUUUACCCUAGCAUUGAACAUCGAGCAACUAUUAAUUCCAGUAAAGAGAGGCUCUCAAUUGCUACAUUUCACAACCCAAAGUUUGAUGGAGAUUUGGUUGCUGCUUCCAGCCUUAUUACUCCCAAAACUCCACAAGUUUUUAAGAGAACGAGCGUUUCUGAUUAUCUUAAAGGCUAUCUUACUCGUCAACUCGAUGGAAAAUCGUUCAUCGAGCUGCUGAGGAUUCCAAAUGCUGAAAUAAAAAACACUUGAAAUGUACACCAGGUCUAGACAAAUUUUAUUCGAACUAUACAUAUAUAUAUAAAAUAAAAUGUACUAAUAAAUGUAUCAACUCUCGGUUUAGGU